AUAACCAUAACAACAACAAACAACGAAAGUUCGCGAAAUAACCAAUCCAAGUGACAGCUGAAAAACAAGUGAAAUGCGUGAAUUUUGGAUUUUCUUCUGACAGAAUUGAUAUAUUGUAAAAAAAAUAAACAAACUUAACUUUAUAUACAUAUAUAUUGCAUAAAAAAAGCGUAGAAACAACAAGGAACUUGCGUUGCGUAACCUGCGCGUGUACAGUUUUUGUUUUAUUUUGUUAAGUUUUCAACUUACAAGUUAGGAGUGUUUUGUAACGAAUCCUUCUCGUGUUUUGUUCUGUACGUACAAAUAUAUACUAGAUUUUCACGAAAUCCGUGCGAUCGGUAGUCUCGCUUUGGCGAGCCACAGUGGACCAGAAGUUGUGGGUGCCGACGGGUGCCAAAAAAUGGUGACUUUAAUGCCGUACAAUUACUUGAAUUCCAACAAUAACGCAAGAUGCACAAUGAUAGACAAGAUGUGCGAACCAAAGGUGAAAAGGGCGCGGACGGAAUCGACCCCAGAUGCAGAUAGAGAUCGAUUGGUGGCAGACACAACUUGUAGCCCACAGAGUGCACAUUCUUCUUCCACCUGCGGUAGUCCUCCAGUUAGUGCAUCGUUAUCCACGAAUCACCUAAACGUUAACCAACUUUCGACGCCAACUGCGACUUCCUGCAUAAGCUCAUCACAUUUACCGUCGUCAUGGUCCAUCCUGACGGACGGCGUGAAAAGCGAAUUGCGGAGUCCCGGAUUAGCCGACUCCGAGGUGGCAGCCCUCUCGCAAGAUCCAUCAAACUUCUACACUGCAGCUACGGCAGCUGUUGACCUGGGCGCCGUCUACGAUAAAGACUAUUCACAAUCGUACACUUCGGCACAUCAGUAUUACAAUAGCAUGCAGCAAGCCUAUGGAACGACAAACCCAGCAACUGCUGCGGCCACCUACAUGAACCCCGCCACCUCGUCAUUCUAUAACACUCCUUCCUAUCCAUAUACGACACUAGGAACCACGCGGUCUCUGAACCCUGCUUGCAAAGGGAACUCCAGUUAUCUUUCCAGCCCUUACUCUUCACCGGCCUCUCCUUUCCAAAGCACCGGACAAUGCGGACAAUACUCGCCGUACACCACGUACACGACUCCGCCUUCUUCCUCGUUCACACAAGGAUUCCCAACUCAGGAUUACGGAAGCUACGGAGGAUACCCCACGGAUGCUCAAUCUGCUCAGUACACUUCCAGCUAUUACGCAUCCCAAAGCUACUCACCAUACGUGAGUUCACCCAGUUCGAGUGGAAGCGUCGGCACUUCAUCCACCUAUCAACUGGCUGCAACUACUUUACCAGAGAGUCCAUCAAAUGGAGUAUCAUUGGUGGAGAGCCCAAUUUCCCCAUUGAAGGGGGAUACAAGUUCAAGGAGGUCAAGGGAGUCGACAAGCAGCAGCCUGGGUUCUGAGACCAGGGGUACAAGAGGACGAGGCAGGAGGACCAAUACAGUAUCCCCCAGUGCUCCUGAAUCCAGCACAGAUAGAGUAUUCAUUUGGGACUUGGAUGAAACCAUCAUCAUUUUUCAUAGUUUAUUGACUGGAAGCUAUGCAUCAAAAUACCAAAAGGAUGCUCAAAGCAUUGUGCAGCUGGGUUUCAGAAUGGAGGAGAUGGUUUUUAAUUUGGCUGACACCCAUUUCUUCUUUAAUGACAUUGAGGACUGUGACCAAGUUCACAUAGAUGAUGUAUCAUCGGAUGAUAAUGGCCAGGACCUGUCCAACUAUAAUUUCGGUAGUGAUGGUUUUCAUUCAGCAGCUGGCGGAGGUGGAAACUUGUGUCUAGCAACGGGAGUUCGAGGUGGCGUUGAUUGGAUGAGGAAGUUAGCUUUCCGCUACAGGAAGAUCAAAGACACAUACAACAACUAUAGAAAUAGCGUUGGUGGUUUAUUGGGAACUACGAAAAGAGAACAAUGGCUGCAGUUGCGAGCUGAAAUCGAAGCGGAAACUGAUAAUUGGUUAACGUUGGCUACGAAAUGUUUAACGUUGAUCAACUCCAGAAGCAAUUGCGUGAAUGUACUCGUUACAACAACACAACUGGUACCGGCUUUAGCAAAAGUGCUGCUCUUUGGACUUGGAGGAGUCUUUCCAAUUGAUAACAUUUACUCGGCAACGAAAAUAGGAAAGGAGAGUUGUUUCGAAAGAAUAGUGACUAGGUUUGGAAGGAAGUGCACCUAUGUGGUGAUAGGUGAUGGUCAAGAUGAAGAGGCAGCAGCCAAAGCAUUGACCUUUCCCUUUUGGAGGAUUACAAGUCACAGUGAGAUAGCAGCACUAUACAACGCCCUCGACAUGGACUUCUUAUGAUUGCAUCGAACCCGCAAUAUAAAGCUUUUUAAUAUUCUGUACAUAAUCUCGUAAAUAUUGUAAUAAAUGUAUUUAGUUAUGA